AUGAGAUCGGUGGUGUGCUGGCUGUCGUUGGCCCUUUUCAUCCCCUCGGCUGCGGCCAAGGCCAAGUUUGUGUUGAGUUCGAGUGCCACUCAACAGAUCCAACGACUCAGCGCCGCCCAGAAUGCCCAGUUACAACAAAUUUGUGGCCGAUUCGAAAGGCCCAAACGCAAGUUCAAACUCAUGAUCGACAACGGAGAAUCCGCGGAUCCCGGACAAUUCCCGUGGGCUGUGGCCCUCGCGAAGUGAGUUUGAAGCUGCUUUUAGGAGAUCCACAAAGCGGGGUUUGCAAUAAAGAUAUUUUUGAUAUCAUAGUUGGGUCCAAUUGACCCUUUUUUGACCUCUAUGAAGCCGAAAAAAACCAAAUAAAUAUAUACAACUAAAUUUUCUAUAAACUGAACUUCAAAACUCAAUUUUUUUAGAACCAAACGCAAGUCGUCCGCCUUCUGCAGUGCGACGUUGAUUUCGGACCGUCACAUUAUCACCGCCGCCCACUGUUUCUUCAGCUAUUCGGAUCUCAAUUUGCCUUGCAAGUAAGUACGGAAUUAGCGGCUUCCUACUGAAUCACUGAUUCAAAAUUUAUUCAAAAAAACUAUUUAAUUUUAGAGGUCCAAGUGAGAAGACACUCGAUGAAAUCACAGUGAAUUUGGGUGGAGUUUGUCUUCGUACCUCCGAAGCUUGCGGAGAGACCGAUGUUAUUCGACGAAAAGUCAAGCAAUUUGCAGUUUUGGACCGAUUUAAUCGAGAAAAUUGCGUCAAAGGAGAUGAUCUAGCCAUUGCAGAGCUGGAUGAGCCCGUAAAAGUGAGUAAACUCGUCAAGGAUGACGUAAAAAAUCUGUCAUAACGUCAUAAUUGUUAGGUCGUCCAGAAAGUUCGCUCGUUUUUUUCAUUGCUUUGUUUUACGAGGAUUGUUUGUGGUUUGGCAAAUGGUAUAUAUUUAUUUGAUACAGCCAGUCUUGUAGAGUAUCAAAUAAAUAUAUCCCAUUUGCCAAAGAACAAACAAUCCUUGUAAAACAAAGCAAUGAAAAACGAACGAACUUUCUGGACGACAAAAUAUUUCAAUCCGGCUUAAUCACCUCUAAUUUUAGUUCUCGCCCACUCUCCGACCUGCCUGUCUUCCCAGCAAAAAUGAGCCCGAUCUUGAUCACAAGGAUGAAUACAAGAUCUACAGCACUGGAUUUGGCAGGGUUUCCGCCGAAUCUUUGGCGUCGAGACUGUAUUACUUUGUGACCAAGAUUGUUUCCUACUUCAAGCCGGAUAUUUUGACAACCCGAUCCGAGGACAACAAAGCCAGGAUUUGCGGGGUAAGCGGUUGCAGUGGUCGGCGUGAUCCAGUGACAAAAAACGUACCAUUUUGCAUCCGGGAAGUAUCAAAAAUGAGGCAAAAUGCUUCCCUCUCCAAGUGAAAAAACUCCAUUUUGAAGAGCGCGCCCUUUCCCUCAUAAAAAAAGCGGGUGCGCUUUUAAAUCGGAGUUUUUUAGUUGGAGAGGGAGGCAUUUUGCCACAUUUUUGAUACUUCCCGGAUGCAAAAUGGUACGUUUUUUGCCACUGGAUCAGGUCCGUUAUGCUUCCACGGAAAUAAGAGGGUUUCUGGGUAAAUUAAAAAAAUUUUCGGCCAUGAUGCUCAGCCACGCAUUUCGGCCAUACCAACUUUCAUGUCUCGCAACUUGUAGAGCUCAAAACAGGACAAGACGUGUUCUAAACGGCACAAUGGAAAGAACCAUUCGCAAAUGGUGUAGUUUUUGCUUAUUGUGAGACCUGUACCGUGCAGAAGAAAAAAUUGCCAUGUCCGAAAAGCGUGGCCGAUCAUCAUGGCCGAAAAAAAUUUGAAUUUACCCGGAAACCCUCUUAAUUUUAGAUAACAAAUCAAGUCUCCUGCAAAGCUCUUAUCCCACAUUUUUUUCAGGGAGACAGUGGAGGCGGAGUGAUUGCUCGAAAAGGGACGGGCCCUUAUAAAGUAGUGGGAGUCCACUCCUUCGCCAUGGAUUGCACGCCCGAUGCAGAUGACCGCAAAUACAUGAGCACUCUGAUAAGCAAGCACUCGGGUCAGAUCUGCAAAUUGACGGGGAUCUGCCCCAAGAAAUAA